AUGGCGGAAAACGCAGACAUCGAUUUAUACAAGUUUUUUCUUGAGGAGAUUCCCUCACUUUACAACCAGGCUCAGCGGACUCUUCAUUGUAAUGAUAUCAAUGUCUUGGAAUUCUUUGAAAGACGACUGGAUGAUCACAUCCAUGUUAUUAAAGCUGUCAUCGAUCAAUGCCAACAAAUGACUGAAAUGAGAGUCAACGAGGAGUUGGUUGAACUCUUGCUUACUGUUCAUCGUCAAGUCAACUGUUUGUACGAAAACGUGCAGGAACUUUGUUUUAUGCACCGCGAUUACCAUUUGGAACUGGGAUUUGUGUGCCCUGUCGAACAAAUUGAACAUGCUGGCAGACCAAGAUUUCAUGUACCGCCACAAAUGAUAUCUGGUUUGUACGACAUUCAUCGAUCUUGGGUAGAGGUUGCAAGAGAGGCAGGCGUUUCUUACCGAACGCUUUUACGAAGACUCGCAACUUCCAUCAGUAUGAGAUUCACUGCUACUGCUUGA